UGAAACUUCACAGGAAUGAUCCUUGGAUGGCUCCCUUUCAAAAUUGUUCAAAGAAUUGAAUACCACACAGAACUCUGGUUGUCAUGGCAUCCGAAAGGAAAAUCUUCUUGUCCAGAACCGCAAGAUUUAAUUAUGGCAAGUAAUGUGGUAGAUGUGAAACAGAUAGAUGUGAAGUCAGGUCUGUUGUCAUUGUCACCAGAGGUUUUCUCCUUGCUAGAGUCCCAGGAGACACAAGUCUGUGAGGGAAUUAAAACAUUGAUCCAAGAAAACCUCUCCUCGACUAAGGAAGCAUGGCUGGUACACAGUCUGGUAGACUACUAUUACCUGACCCAGUCUUACAGUGUUGUUGGUAUUUUGUGUUUGGUCCAGGAACCUCAAGAUAAGAAUUUGCUAGAAAAGUUACAUGAUGGUAUCAAGUCACAGGAACACCAGCUUGAUGCUUUACAACUUCUCCUUCACAUUGUAUGUAAGCAACCUUCCUGGAUUAACAAGAUUGUCGGCCAGUCUGUUCUCAAGGUCAUCAUUAAGUGUCUCAAGGCAGAGACAAGUAUUCCAGUACUGAUGACAGCAGUUACCAUAGUAACAGUCCUCUUACCCUCUAUACCUACAAGUGUUGGACCUUACCUACCAGACAUCUUUGAAAUAUUCAACAAACUAGCUUCAUACACUGUCAAGAAACCACCUGGAAACACACCAGAUAUAUUUUACCUACAUCUGCAGAUAGCUGUGUACGCUCUGUUCCACCGCCUGUAUGGCAUGUUCCCAUACACUUUCCUUGCUUAUCUCAGACAGUAUUAUACCAAGAAGGAAAAUAUUGCAGUGUUUGAUGAGGUCAUUAAGUGUAUGUUGGAGAGAGUAAGACUGCAUCCACUGUUGAUAACUGGCAGCAGGGAUCAAGAAACCUCCACACAAAGGUGGCGACAUAUGGAGACCCACGAUGUUGUUGUAGAAUGUAACAAGAUGUCCCUGGAUCCUGUGGAAGGUACAUGGGAGGAGCUACAUUGUCCAAUCGUAGCUUCAAGAUACUUGAGUGACAGGCCAGCAACCAAUCAGGAGAGACAAAGACAUACAGUACCUCCACUUACAUUGCCUUCAGUAUCUGUGGCAACAUUGGCCCAUCACGAGACCAGUCAAGGAAUUCAAGCACAGGACACAUUUUGGAGCCCAUCAGAAGUUAUUGGGCUGUCAACCCCACCAGCAACCCCAGCCGUUAGCAGUCUGGAAACAUCCACAGGGAGUGUUACAACACAAUAUGUGAGUCCAGCAGUAAUCCUGAAUGCAGGAACACCAAUGAACACCCCAAGAGAGACCCCACCCAUCAGUGAAGAACAUGAUAGGCAUGUUGGCCGUACAAGUAGCCGAGGUACUGCGCCACUCAAGCCUGUUGAUCCUAAAAGACUGAGUUCAGAGUUUCCUUUAUCCCAGACAGUACCCCUGUUGACCCCUUCAAGUCACGCCUCGAGCGUGCCUCCCUCACCUCUGAAGGCUGAGUUCACUAACACACCACCACUUGGAGUUAAGACACUUCCUGUCAUCAAUGCUGCCAGGGAACUACAGUUUGAUCAUGAUCACCUGGAAGACAAAUCUGUAGGUCACAUGACCAAAAUAAACCAAUCACAGGUUGAGUUUUCUAAACAUGUUGUAAAGCCAGAGCCCUUUGAGAUAAGACCCCCAAGGAAAAUUUCUGAAGGUCAGAUGAGUACAGACAGACAGAACACACCCAACAGAAGUGGGUCAGCUACCAUGUUUGAAGACAGUCUUAAAGAGAGUAGCCAAGAAGCAGGGGAGAGCACUGAGAAAGUAAGAACUAGAUCAGAUAGGUCAGCAGCUGUUAAGACAGAUACUGUAUCCGUAGAUACAAUCUCACAGGUGAUUGAGGAGUUAGAAAGUCAACCUAGUCAUGAUGAGGACAGUGAUGAUGAAGUGUCAGAAUUAACUUCAAGUUCAAGGUCACAUGGAGGUCAUUCAGCAAUGCUUACGUCAGAGUCAGUGAAGAAAUUCAUGAAGAACGUCAAUCGCAUUCGAUUUAAUAGUCUCACUGCAACAAACAGCAUCGAGCCAGAACAAAGCAAAGGAUUUAGUUCAAAAAGGUCAAGGUCAUGCCCUCAGUUUCCAAAAAUAGAAGCAACAAUGGAAGAAGAUGAAGAAUUGAUUUCAAGAUCAGCUUCUGUGACCUGCCAAGAUAUGGCCAUGGAAGAUGUACAGUUUAAUACAAAUGUAGGUGAAAGUCAUUCAGAAGAUAAGAAGGAGCCGACCCCUGUGUCUGCACCACAACCAAGUGACAAUAUGUGUGACAUUUCAAUAUCAAGCACAGGUAGCACAGUUACAGUUAACAAAAAGCAUGAGCCGGUUACCAUGCCAACAACACAGCCCUGUGAUGAGACAGUUUCAAAAUGUCCAGUGUAUUCUGGGAAACCAAGCAGUUCAGAAAGUAAAGGUGAAGUGGAUGACUUGAUGCAUAUCUUGAAGCAAGUAUUAAAUAUGCCGUCUGCUACAAAUUGUGCUAAAUGUCAAGGUCAAAUAGAUGGAUCGCAGACAGGUCCAACAAAGCCGUUUUUCAGUACAUUUUCUCCACCAGAAUUGUUAGAUCGUCACAUCAGACUGGGAAAGGAUAUUCAUGCUAAGGAACUGAGUAAACUUCCAAUACCUUCUACACAGGAAGUAAACUGGACUCAUUUUGGAGGUAUGCCUCCAGCAGAUGAGGUCAGUAUUCUGAGGGGUCAGCUUAUGUUACUGCACAACCAGUUGAUGUAUGAGCGGCAUAAGAGAGAUCAACAUGCAAAGAGGAACAGACGUCUUCUUAGAAAAAUUGCCCAUACCAAAACACUGGAAGAACAGAAUAACUCUAUGGGAGAGCAGUUGAAGCAGAAUGAGAUGAUGAUCCGGGAUUUACAGGUGUCAUUGAAACUGUUACAAGAAGAAAAUCGUAAGCUGAAGAGUAGUAAAGAUAGUGAGGAGUACGAAAAGCUUGUACAGCUAAGGUCGUGCUUGCAAGAGAAUGAAGACUUGAAGAAUGUGAAGAAAGAGUUCAACAUGCUUCUAGUCAGACAGAGAGAAGAACAAGAUAACUUAAAUAAGAGACUUAUGGCUACAGAGGCCAAACUGUUUAACACAGAGAAGGAGUUGGAGAAAAUGAGAGAUGUAGCCAGUCUUAAUACCAAACUUAAAGACCAGGUGCUGCAGUUCCAGAAGGAGGUGCUGCUCAUGGGGGAAUUACAACAGAAAUGUAAUGAUAAACUGCUAGCCAACAAAGCAUCUAGAGCCACUAGGCUUGAACACGAACAUGCCAAGGCAGUGUUACAUAAACAAUUAGAAGAGAAAACCAGGGAAUUAGCUGAUAAGACAUUACUUCUAGAGGGCUGCCAGCAUCAACUUAAAGAGCAGCAUGAUUUGCUCUCUAACAGAGAAACUGCACUUUCAGAGUUGAAAUUAACAGUUGAGAAAAUAAAGACUAGCCAUGAGGAUGAGUUGAAGUGUGUACAGGACAAGCAUCUGGCAGCAACACAUGUAAACCAGGCGUUAGAAUCACAUAUCCUUCAGUUGUAUAUGGAAAUAGAAGAGGUUAAAGCUAAACUGAAAGGUGGUGUGAGAACAUCUGUUGCUAUGGAUGCCGCCACUUCCCAAGAUGACAAAGGUGGAGAUAGUGUUCAAGAGUUCCGAGAGCGUACUUCCUCUGACCCACUCCAGCAAAGUCCCACGCUGAAAAAGAAGACCCUGACUAGAAUGACCAGCUUGCCUGUUGGUGGUGGCCUUGGUCUUGGAUUGUCUUCUGCAUCUGACCUUCACACCCAGAGGUCACCAAACAUAAAUCAGGGGUCACAAGCUCCAAAACAAACAGUAGUUGUGGAAGAGGAAGAUUAUGAACUGAUAGAUCCACGAGGCAAUGUGGAUGACUUUGAUGAAAGGCAUACAGGAAGUGAGACUACAUCUGUGUCAUCAAGAGAUUCCAACCUGUUUCCCGGGCAACGGAACUUACUGUUUACAGACAGUGAGGAUAAUCGUAGUGCUUCCAAUAGAAGCAGUAACAUGGGAGACAGUGGAGUCUGCUGACUGUGACUGACAGUUUAUCUGCAGUGUUUAUCUGUUACACUGAUGGACCAUAGUGGAACAUAUUGUGCUUGUAAAUUGAAAAUUCAUCUGCAGUGUUCUUUACACUGAUAGACUAUAGUGGGACAUACUGUGGUUAUAGAAUGGAAGUUGUUCUGCAAUGUUAAGUUGUUACACUGAUAGACAGACACUGAUGGAACUCAUUGUGAUUAAAGAAAGAGAGUUUAUCAGCAUGUUUAUCUGUUACACUGAAAGUUUAUAGUGGAACAUAUUGUGAUUAUGUGAUGAGAGUUCAUCUGCAAUAAUACAAUGUUACACUGAUAGACUAUAGUGGUACAUUUUUAUAUGCCAGUUUUGAAAAGAUGGAUGUAUUAUGUGAUGGUGUGUAUGUCUGUCCAUCCAUCCUUUAUAAAUUGUGUCCUUAGCAUAACUUUAUACCCAUUGAAGGUAUUGGCUUAAACAUGGCAUAUAGGUAGAUGGCAAAGAGACAGUGUACUGGUUCUGUAGGUCAGAGUCACAAAUUGAGCUCAAGGUUAAAACUGGCCAUCAUAUUUUGUGUUCAGAGCGUAACUUACUAACAAUUCAAGGUAUUGACUUAAAACAUGAUGAGAGGUUGUGCAGAGAACAUGAAGCUGAUCUUUAGAUUUGACUUCAAAAGGUCACAGUUUGUGUUCAAAAGGUCAAAUCUGUCUGUCAUAUUAAGCAUUCAGAGCAUAACUUAUUACCCAUUCAAGGUUUUGAAUUCAAACUUGGGAUGUAGGUAAGUGGUGAUGAGACAAUGUGCAUGAAGCAGAGUGGUUGUGGUAGGUCAAAGGUCAAGCUCAUAUUUUUGUCUUUAAAUUUUGCUUUAAUCCUCUUUUGAUAUAACACUUCGGGCAUAUAUUUCCCCGCUUAGCUGAGCUAUGUUUGAUUAUAGAAUGAGAGUUCAUCUGCAAUGUUAAGCUUUAAAACUGAUUACCUUUGAUGGAACAUUUAGUGAUUGUAGAAUGAGAGUUCAUCUGCAGUGUUCAUCUGUUACACUGGUAGACUGGUGGAACACAUUGUAAUUAAAAAAUGAGAGUUCUUCAAUGUUAAGCUAAUAGGCUAUAGUGCUACAUAUUGUGUUUUGAGAGAUGAGAGUUUAUCUGCAUUGUUAAUCUGUUACACUGAAAAAUUCUGAUGGAACACAUUAUGAUUAUAGAAUGAGUGUUCAUCUACAAUGUUCUUCUGUUACACUAAUAGAAUGUGGUGGAACACAUUGUAAUUAUAGAAUGAGAGUUAUUCUGCAAUGUUUAAGUUUUUAAAGCAUUGUUAAACUGUUACACUGAUUUUUUUUUUAAUAUUGUGAUGAUUUUGUAAAUUAAUUGAUCAUAUUUGGAAUCUGGCAUUUUUGAAACUGAAUAAAUGCCAUCGAGAGAGGCAACAAGUCUAAAAUUUGAAUUCUUAUAUACAGUUAAAUCGUUACUGAACAUCAUCACCUCAGUGCAAAAAGUGGGUAACUCCAUUUACUUAAAGAAGGACUUACUCGCUUUUUGCGCUAAGAUGACAACAUAUUGGUGUUUUAGCUCACCUGAACUUUGUUCGGGAUGAGCUAUUAGUAUAGGUGGAUGGUUCAUUGUCCUGUGACAACAUUUUUACUUAAACAUCUUCUUCUCUGAAACUACUGGCUAGAUUUACACCAAACUUGGUCAGUAACAUCUUUGCAUGAACCUCUAUCAAGUUUUUACAAAUGGUUCACUUUGAACUCUUUAAGGGACCGCCAGAGCUAAAAAUAGAAAAACCUGUAAGCAAUUUUUUGUCAUGACAUGCUAGAUGGAUUUUCAUCCAAAUUUGCCUGUUGUAUCAUAAUAUGGUCCUAUCAAAAGUUUGUUCAAGCAGGGGCACAUGGCCUCUUGUAGGGGCCACUAGAGCUAAAAAUAGAAAUAUUGUGAAACAACUAAUUCUCAUGAACCACAUGAUAGAUAUUCAUCAAACUUGAUUUAUAACAUCAUUAUAAGGUUCCACCAAAUUUUGUUCAAAUAGGGACAGUCUACUACUCCAGUCCCUGGGGACCUCCCGUGUGCAAAAAAG